AAGUUGCUCAGUAUCAGCAGCGUUAGCUGAGAGGAGGGAGCUCGCAGCAGCACGUACAGCGCUGUACCUCAGUACAACCGGGCUAAAAUCUGUCUCAGGUAGCGUCGAUUCUGCCUAAUUAAAUUGAUAUCAGCUUUUCAGUCCAGUCAAUAACCUGGUUGAAGAUGUUGGCCUGCACGGAGAUGAUCACAAUGUGUCUCCAGUCGGCGAAGCGAGAGCAUCUGCGCUCCAAGCAACAACAGCAGCUGCAGCAGAACCACGGACUUUCCAUUUUCCACGAUAUUUUCCGGCGUGCAGACAAAAACGAUGAUGGCAAGCUCUCUUUUGAGGAGUUCAAAGCAUACUUUGCUGAUGGGAUUCUCACGACUGAUGAGCUUCAGGAGCUGUUUUACUCCAUUGAUGGCCGACAGGCAAACAACCUUGAUAUAGACAAGCUCUCAGAUUACUUUUCUCAGCAUCUCGGGGAGUAUUUGAACGUUCUCUCAGCUCUAGAGAAGCUCAAUGUUGCCAUCCUGAAAGCAAUGGACAAAACUAAAGAGGAGUACCAGGGUUCAUCCGUGUUGGGGCAGUUUGUGACGCGCUUCAUGUUGAGGGAGACAUCCAGCCAGCUGCUGUCUCUUCAAAUGUCUCUGCAGUGUGCCAUGGAGGCGGUGGAGGAGCAGAGCAGCCCUGCACCGGCUGAGGUGAAGAUUCCAGAGCAUCUCUCUGUACAGAAGAAUAACAGAAGAUGCGGACGCAGAGUGCAGAAAAACAUGUGCUUGUCUCCUACGGAUCCGUACUCUGGCAUUCUUACUACAGGUGUCACUGUGGAUACAGAUGAUCAUUGGUCUUCUCAGAUCAACAGACUGCAACAGCUCAUUGACAAAUUGGAGUGCCAGAGUCCUAAGCUGGAGCCCCUGAAAGAAGACCCUCUGGCCAGCACAUAUAAAUCAAACAUUCUGUUGGUGCAGAGGCAGAUGACGGUGACAGAGGACAAUCUUGAAGAGUUCCAGAAGACCCUGAAAAGCUAUGCUGAUUCCACGACUAACCAGAGCGACAACCUUCACGUGUCCAUCCAGAAGCUGCCUGAGAAGAGUUGCUACAUAAUAUAUGAGUUCUGGCAAGAUCGCCUUUCUUGGAUGAGUUACCUGCAGUCUGAGGCCAGUAAGACUUUCCAGCGCUGUAUCAUAGACAUGCUGGAGGACCCUGAACUCGUCUCUACCAUGCUAAUGCCUGCAUCCUGGUGGAUCAUGACAAACAAUUAACUCCAAAAAAAAAUGCAGUAUGCAACCACUAACAAAAAAACAAAGUGGAAUCUGAAACCAAUCCUGCGUGUGUUUGCCUCAAUCCAAGCUAGGCAAAAGCGUACUAAUCUCCUCCUCACGUGUUCCCCAUGGCUUCGUUUUUGUGUUCCUUCAACUUUCCAUCUGUACGAAAAUUUAAAAAAAGAAAAGAAAACAGUAACCAGGCAUGGUUCUAAUCUCUCUAGCAUGUAUAGAAAAUUAAAGUGACUUUCUCUGCUCCGUGCACAAGCCAGUGGCGAAGCUUUUGAAGCUACCGCGCCUUUGAUGUGGCAACGGCUCACAGAUUUAGAAAAACCGAAGAGCUAAAACCGUAAUAACACAAAUAUGUGGGAAGAAGGGAAUACUCGCUUCAGCGACUUCAGACUUGGUGUUUUCUGCUUUGGGGUACCAUCUAUAACAAAAAAGACAUAACAAAAAUAGAUAUAAGAUUGCAUGCUUGUUAGAACUUUAGUUUCAGACAUAGCUGACUUAAGCCACCGUCCAUGCUUGCUCAAGGCGACUUUCCGAAGAUAAGAUCGAACUGUGUAAUUCUGUGGAUAGAGUAGUCCUUAUGUGGAACUUUGCUGUUCUGCCUUGUGGUUCCUCAGUUGAUACGUUAAUGUUCCAAACAGUUCUGUUUAAUUUAAGCUAAGUAUACCAGUUCUCUGAAUCACUUCUUUCCUUUCUCAUAUUGUUUCCAGAUCAUGGAUAUAUUGUACAUGUUGUGUUAAACUGCUUGACUUAAAGAACUAUGCUGAGAUUUAUUUAUGUAUUUAUUUACUUCAGGUCUACAUCCAUUGUAUUUAAGCAUAUGAGAAGAAAUAAAACUAAAAAGUUGUUUGUGUACCGCA